UGAGAACCAUAAAACCUUAGAACAGAGUGAAGAGAGAGAGAGAGAGAGAGAGAGGGAAAUCUUGCUUCACUGCUUGCUUGAAUCAUGCAAAUGGAAAGCCAAAAAGUAUGCCAACUGAAGCAGCCAUCAUCGUCACACCACACCACAUACUUAGCUUUGGCUGCCUCAUGAAUCAUGGAUCAACCGCACAAUGCUUUUGGCCGGAACAAAAUUUGUCAAAUUUCAACAUGGCAAUCCCUAUCAGAGGAAUUAUUAUAGUAGGAUUGAAACAAUGCAUGAAUACUGAAUCUCUGAUAUCAGGAGGAAUUUUCAAGAUUUUUUCAUAGAGAGAGAGAGAGAUACGUCAUCCUUGAUUUCAGGUAUAUAAUGAAUUCGAUCAGUUCCUGUUCUAUAGAUUUCAAAGUAACAACUGAAGCAAACAGAGCAACGACGAAGAAUCUGUAACAGCCACUUCUCCUUCAAUUCAAAUCUCCGAGGAUGGAAAGCUUUAGUGUUGUGAUGAUGGGGCCUUUUUCGUCGUACCUGGAAGAAGAGCUCGACAAGAGAUUCAAGCUUUUCAGAUACUGGAAAUCACCUAACAAGGAGGAGUUUCUCAAAGAGAAUUCGAAUUCCAUUACAGCUCUAAUUGCCGGCGGCGUUGGUGCCGACUCGGAAACGAUCGAUUUGUUGCCGAAAUUGGAGAUUGUCUCCAGUUUCAGCGUUGGCUUGGAUAAAGUCGAUUUGAACAAGUGUAAGGAGAAGGGUAUUAGGGUUACCAACACCCCUGAUGUGCUUACCGAAGACGUCGCUGAUUUAGCGAUUGGAUUGAUCCUAACCACGUUAAGGAAGAUUUGCGAGUCUGAUCGUUAUGUGAGGAAUGGGUUGUGGACCAAAGGUAGUUACAAAUUAACCACUAAGUUCAGUGGCAAAUCAGUUGGCAUUUUGGGGAUGGGAAGGAUUGGUUCUGCAGUAGCAAAAAGAGCUGAAGCAUUUGGCUGCCCGAUCAGUUACUGUGCCACAUCAGAGAAACCGGAUUUAAAUUACAGGUACUAUCCGAGUGUUUUGGAACUGGCGAAGAACUGUCAAAUACUUGUAGUUGUUUGCCCUUUGACAGAAGAAACAUACCACAUUGUCAACCGCGAAGUGAUUGAAGCUGUGGGUCCGAAAGGCAUUAUCGUGAACAUUGGGCGUGGCCCUCACAUUGAUGAACCGGAGCUUGUAUCUGCUCUGGUUGAAGGCCGGCUGGGUGGAGCUGGGCUCGAUGUAUUUGAAAAUGAGCCUCAAGUACCUGAGCAAUUGUUUGGGCUUGACAAUGUGGUACUCUUGCCUCAUGUGGGAAGUGGAACAUUGGAAACCCGCAAGGAUAUGGCAGACCUUGUCAUUGGAAACUUGGAAGCCCACUUUCUGAAGAAGCCACUGUUAUCCCCCGUGGUUUGAUAUUGAUUGGAUGGUUUUGAAUAAAUGAUUGAGAUUUUGGGGUUGCAGCCUAUGUUUCCUUUGGAGAACUCUCAAUUCUGUAAUCUUUCUUUAAACAUUGUUAUAAAAAUCUGGUGGAACUUGUUCUAUUGAAACUAAUCUAUGAAUUCUGUCAAUUUUGUGAGGGGCAUGAAUCAAUGGGAGAGAUCAUGAGCCAUUUUGUAUUCA